AUGGACCCUCACAAGCGCGACCUCGCCGCCGACCACGGUUUCCGGCGUCAGAAGGGGCGGCGGCCGGGCAGUCACGGUCCGCGCCUGCCGGGCGAGCGGCUGGACGGGACGAUACUGGCGCGGCAGUGCCUGUCGGCAACCGCCCUGCGCGAAGGGUGGGGCCGCGUCUGGCGCAAUCACGGGGCCUCGGGCGGCGAUGGCAUGACCUGCACCGGUUUUGCGCGCAAUGCCCAUGCACGUUUGGGCGAUCUGCGGCGCGACCUGUCUGACGGAAGCUACCGCCCGGGCGCGCUGCGCGAGGUCGACAUCCCCAAGAAGGGCGGUGGCACACGGCUGCUUCGGAUUCCGUGUGUGCGCGACCGCAUCGUUCAAACGGCUGUUGCGCAGGCGCUGUCGGCACAAUUCGAAAACGAGUUCGAACCGGCAAGCUUUGGCUAUCGGCCGGGCAGAUCCGUUGCCAUGGCUGUGCGUUCGGUCGAAUAUGCCCGCUCCGAAGGGUUCACCCACGUGGUGGACGCCGAUAUCGAGCGCUUUUUCGACCGUGUCGAUCAUGACCGGUUGAUGAGCCGUUUCGCGGAGAGCGUGACCGACGGGCCGGUUACCGAUCUGAUCUGGCUCUGGCUUACUCAUUGGGCGCCACAGGGCCGCGGCCUGGCACAGGGUUCGCCGGUUUCGCCGCUCCUUGCCAAUCUCUAUCUCGACCGGCUGGAUGAGGCCCUCUGGCUUUCCGGCCUGAGGAUCAUCCGGUAUGCGGAUGACUUUGUCGUGCUUGCCAAGGGCACCGAAUCGGCGGAAGCGGCCAUGGCGCUCACACAACAGCUUCUGGCCCGGGAAGGACUGACCCUUAACAGCGACAAGAGCCGCGUGAUGAGCUUCGAGCGCGGUUUUCGUUAUCUGGGCCAUCUUUUCAUGCGCUCGAUGACACUCAAGGUCACCGAAAAUGACGGGCUGGCGCCGGACGAUCUGGGCGCGCUGAUGGCACGGCUUGGCGAUGAUGACGAACGGGCCGAGACCGAGCAGGCGCUCAUCGAGGCCGAAACGUCCCGAUUGGAACGGGGAGGCUACCGCCACGCCGCCGGGAUGCGCGUUCUGCAUGUCAUCGAGCCCGGCCGCCGCCUGCGCGCGCGCCGCGAUGCCCUGGUGGUUGAAGAGCCGCUGCCCGCGCCGCGCGACAGCGACGUGCGCACAGUUGAAUGGCGGCCACUGCUGGCGCUGCCGCACGGCCGGGUCGACCGUGUUGACCUUGGCCCGGCCAACGAGAUUGACCGGUCAACGGCAGACUAUCUUGUCGGCAAUGAUAUCCCGCUUGCCCUGGUCGAUCGUGACGGGGCGACCGCAGGCUGGUUGAGCCCUGCCGCCAUGCCCUAUGCGGGCCGCCAUUUGAAGCAGGCCGAACUGUCGCUGGACCACAAAAGAAGGCUCGAUCUUGCACGACGAUUUGUUGUGGGCCGCAUGCGCGCGCAACGCACUUCGUUGCGCAGGCUCUUGGCUGAACGGGACGACACACCGGCACGCGUGACCGUGGCGUUGACCCAGCUCAACAAGACGCUGCCGCGCGGCCAGCGGGCCCUUGACGAUGCGGAACAGGCCAAAGGGCCGUUAAUGGCUGCAACGUCAAUUGAAACGAUACGCGGUCACGAGGGGGCGGUGACCGCAAAAUACUGGCCCGCACUUGGUGCGCUUUGUGGCGAUCCCAUGUUUGUGUUGACGAAGCGGCAGCGUCCGGCGGGCGACAGCGCCGCAAACAUCAUCCUGAAUGUGUUGGCGCAUCUUCUCGAACGCGACAUCAGCGUUGCUGUCCAGCGCGCGGGCCUGCAUCCGGGAUUCGGUGUCUUGCAUGGCACAAGGGACCACCACAGCGGGUGUGUGUUCGACCUCAUGGAGGAGUUUCGCGCACCACUGGCGGAAGGACUGUUUGUCUAUCUGGUCAACCGCCGCAUCGUCCGGUCCGAACAUUUUGAGGUGACCCCGGAUGCCGGUGGCGGCUCCGCACGCCUGAGGCCCGAUGGCUACCGCGCGAUCGUGAAGGCAUAUGAAAGCCGGAUCGCACAAACGGUCGCCUAUGGUUACACCGGCAAAAGGGUCCGGUGGCGUGAGCUGAUGAUGCAGCAGGCCUUGCGCCUUGCCGCCCAUUGCGAGGGGCGCGAUGUCUAUGUGCCCUACGACAUGGAUCAGGACAGGCGCGAGGCGGCACAACGGAAGAAUGCACAACGAUGA